AUGAGUCGAAAGCCAACAUUAAUUGGUGACGAGUACAAAAUAUUGCUAAAAACGCUUAAUCCACAUAUAACAUGUCCCUUGUGUAAAGGGUACUUCAUAGAAGCAACAACAGUUACUGACUGUUUACAUACCUUUUGUAAGUCGUGUCUAUUGAAGCAUUUUGAGAAUAGUCACCCGUCCCAUUAUGUAAGCUUUGACCGUACGAUGCAGGAGUUGGUUUAUAAGCUUGUACCUGGUGUGCAAAUACGAGAAGAAGAAAAUCAGAAUGCUUUUUUAAGAACAGUAAAAAUAGAACCGGGUGAAAAUGGAUCUCCUGAAAAGUUAGAAAUUGAUGAAAAUACGGUUGAUAGUAGUUCGGAAACAAGAGAAUGUUCUGGUGAUUUGAUGGGCAAGCAUCAUCGCAGUGAUGAGCAAGUUGCUGUGGAACUUUGCACUGAUAAGCUUUCCAAAUUCUCCGAUAUUGAAAUGCCUUACUUAAGGCUAUCCGAGAUGGCAACCGUGAACACGAUCAAGCGAUAUUUGGCUAGUACUUUAUUUGGUGAUAUAAGUCGGUAUAACGAUUUGGACAUCUUCUGUAACAAUGAACUAAUGGGCAGAGAUUAUUCGAUGAAAUUUAUUGAAAAAACUAGGUGUCGAAACAAACCAAAAGAUACUCCAAUAAAGUUACUGUUUAGAAAACAUAUCGACUUUUGA